CGGACGCAAAGAUUGCGAAAUCAAUUAAUGCCAGACACUGAUCAAGCUAGCCAUGAUAAUACAAUCCAAAAUAAUGGCGAAUUCUCUCCUACGAGGCCAUCAACUGUCCAAAGGCUGAAUGAACCAUCUGCAGCAUUAAGACAAGUUAUUCACGAUUUGAUGAAUUAUCAGGAUGAUAACGAUUUAGCUACUCGCAGUAUACCGGAGGCAAUUAAUUUGCUAUCUCAUGAAGAUCCCAUGACAGUGGUCCAGAUUGCUAAAUUUAUCAAUCAUUUAUCUAAAAAGGAAGCUAGCCUACAUGCAAUUAUCUCUUCAACUCAAUUAUUGGCUUCUUUAAUACAUGCAACUCGACGUUUCUUUGAAAAUAUCGAUCUAGUCAAAUUGACUGCUAGUACCUUGCACAAUUUGUCAUUACAGCAAAGUGGCCUGCAUGCAAUUGUUAAAGCAAGCAGUGUAACUAUUCUAUUAGAGAUGGUUCGCUAUUUAUCGCAGCCAGUAAUGUUCUAUGCUAUUACCACAUUGCAUAAUUUGCUGCUGAAUUAUGCAGAAAGUCGAAUGGAUAUUUUCUUAUCAAGAGGAUUAGAAGUCAUGAUUCAAUUAUUGCCUUUUAAUAACGUUAAAUUUCAAGCCAUCGUUGCCGAUUGCAUGUACAUAUUAGCCCACAGUCAUCCAGAUUGCAAGUCCGUUAUUUACAACUCGGAAGGGCAUAUCAUUUUGAUUGAUAUCAUCAGUAAUUGCGAUUACGAAAAACUACUUUGGACAGCUAUUCGCGUCCUGAAAUUAUUAUCCAUUACUGCUUCUACUAAAGUAAACCUUAUUAAAGCUGGUGCUAUGCAAGCUUUGGCUCGGCAUUUAAAUUCAGAUAGCAAUCGCAUAGUUAUACAUACUUUAUGGACGAUGAGAAAUUUAUCUGACGCAGCAACAAAAGUGGUAAUGAAUCUAGAAAAUAUAAAUAAUGCAUUGGGAAGUCUAGUGCAUCUGCUUAAUUCCAAUGAACCUUCAAUAAUUAUGUGUAUCGGUGGUAUUAUAUCCAAUCUAACAUGUAACAACUCACAAAAUAAGACUUACCUAUGCAAAAUUGGAGGAGUACAAGCGUUGUUAGAUGUACUGUCAGCUUAUAGUGAUCGUGAAGACAUCAUUGAACCAGCGAUCUGUGCUCUACGCCAUUUAACCAAUAAGCAUCCGUAUAGUGAGAUUGCACAAAAUAGUGUCCGAGAUCAUAAAGGCAUUCCAAUUGUAAUAAAUAUCUUGAAGAAUUGCAAUAGUUUUGCAGUUCGUAAAGCUAUCGUUGGCUUAAUCCGCAACAUUGCGCUGUGCCAAUACAAUAUUCCUAUCCUCUAUGAAUUCCAUGGAAUAAAUAAAUUAACUGACAUUUUAUUGGAAACAUGUCAAGUUAUGAAUCAGAGAUUAAGCAAACACUCAACAACUGAAAUCGAUGGGAUCCGAUUAGAAGAUAUUAUUGAGAGUACUGUAGGUGCUCUGCAUGUUGUUUCUAGGCAUCCUCAAUACCGUGCAUUAUUAACUGAUUCAAAGUGUAUACGAAUAUUUACGCAGCUUCUACGCUCCAAUUCGAACAGCAUCGUAUGCGUUGCUACUGGCGUACUAUCUGAAUUAGCUCAAGAUAAAGAAGGUGCUCGAGCUAUGCAUUAUCUGGGAACUCCUCAAAUUUUGCAAAAUCUUGCUUCACACAGAGACGAAGCCAUUGCAACUUUUGCAACGUCGGCCCUAUACCGCAUGUCUGAAGAUAGAGGGUCGAUAAAUCGUCGACAAGGACCUUCAAUAGAUCUUAAUGGAUCCUUUACAGGGUCAUUAUCGAGAAGUGAGGUAAAGUUUAUCCUUUUAUAA